AUGACUAGCAAACAAGCAAUGUCAUCUAACGAACAAGAAAGGCUCUUGUGUUACAAUGGGGAAGUCCUUGUUUUUCAGUUGUCUAAAGAAAAUUUGGCAGAUAAAGGGCCUGCGAAAACACCCAUAUUACAUGUCAGAAGAAUGGUAUUUGACAGAGGAACAAGAGCAUUUGUUCAGAAGUCCACUGGAUUCUUCCACAUAAAGGAAGAAAACUUAAACUUAAAAAUUAUGUGUUGCAACUGUGUGUCAGAUUUCAGAACUGGAAUUAACCUCCCUUGCAUUAUGAUACAAAGCAAUAAAAAUAACGUUUUCAAAUAUAUUCUAUUGUUUCUUCAUAGUACCAAUAAAUUUGAAAAGCGUUUGAGUUUUAAACUAGGCCAUGAGUUGAAGGACAACAUAAGGGUCCUUAAUGGCCCUUCACUUAUGUGGCGACAUCUCAAAACAUUCUUCCGUAUCUCUUCUGAAACUGGCAAAGUUAUUAGUGUGUCAUUUGAUUUUUCUUCUGUUCAUUGGGUAGGGGAGAUUGAAAAUCUAGGUAUGGUUUUAUUGGGACUAAGGGAAUAUUAUCUAUCUGAAAAAGGAUGCACCCGAAAGUAUUCAAAAUCAGAUUAUGCAAUUCAGAAUACCAAAUUUUGUGUAUACUCUCUUGAAUGUCAAGAAGUAUUAAGUGAUACAUACAUCAUCCCUCCUGUUUAUAGCAGUCUGGUAACUUGUGUGCAUGUCUGUGCAACUAAGAUUGUCAACAACCAGUUAAGGAUGUCUCUGGUUGUCCUUACUCAAAAGAAUCAGCUGAUUUCAUUCCAAAAUGGGACUCCUCAAAGAGUGUGCCAGCUUCCAUUUGAAGAUCCUUGUGCAGUUCAACUUAUGGAUUCAGGUGGAGGAAACCUCUUUUUCAUCAUAUCCUUUAGGUCCAAUGAUGUUUGUGCUGUUUGGAAAAAGAACUUUCAGGUUGCUGCUAAAUGGGAAAAACUUAGCUCAGUACUGAUAGAUGACUUCAUUGGAACUGGAACUGAACAAGUACUGCUACUUUUUAAGGACUCCUUGAACUCAGAUUGCCUGACUUCAUUUAAAAUAACAGACCUUGGCAACAUGAACUAUUCAAGUGAACUGUUGGAUUGCAAUGAAGAUGAUUUCUUUGAAGACAGACAGCAUUAUUACUUGGUGGUUUCACCUCUGGAAAGAAGAUUGAAAGUCGGUUUGGCCUCUAUUCGGGAAUUACAGCAGCAUCUCUUGCUUAAGGAAAAAAUUAUUUCAAAAUCUUGCAAAGCUUUAAUAAACCUGAUUCAAGGGAAAGAUGAUAGUACAUCGAGUGCAGAAGAGGGACAUCUUGUUCCUUUUUGUGGUGAAGAAGAAAAUUCUGUCCAUACCUUUGAUGAUAAUUUAUCAGACAAUUUUAAAGAUUCAGAACAGCUAGUAGAGAAGAUAUGGUAUCAUGUAAUGGAUGAUAGCUUGGUUGUUGGAGUGAAAAUCACGUCCUCUUUGAAACUGUCCCUGAAUGAUGUGACUUUAUCACUGUUAAUGGAUCAAGCCCAUAGGCCCAGCUUUCAGCUUACUAAGUGUCAAAAUAGAGUGAUUAAGUUGAGUAAGAAUUCUGUCCCAGCACCACACUUGAUGCUGUGUGAAAUAGGAUCAGAGGCAAAAAGGAUCAAGUUGACCCUUGACAGUAAGGAAGAGGAAAGCUUUGUUUGUGCACAACCAUCUAAGAAAGAAUAUGCACAGAUAAUUACUGCUGUAACAUCUCUUUCACCACUUUUAGCAUUCAGUAAAUUUUGUUGCAUUGUGCUGUUACAAAUUAGGGAGAAGGAAAACAAUACUGAAGAUCGUUAUAUUCUGUGUGGCAGAUUUUUUUUAAGUAUACGUGAUCUUUCAAGUGGGAAAUACCUACUGACAUUCCCAGAGAAGAAACCUAUAGAACACAUGGAAGGCCUUUGUUCACUUCUUGCAGCAUCACACAAAUCUUGUUUUCGAAUUACAUCACCUGGCUAUACCUUGAAUUCAGUGAAGACAUGGCUCUUAGAACACAUGAAAUGUGAAGUAAUCAAAGAAUUUCCAGAAAUGUGCUUUUGUAAAAGACCAGGAAGUUUCUAUGGGACACUCUUCAACUGGAAACAAAAAACACCAUUUGAAGGGAUUUUAGUAGUCUAUUCCAGGAAUCAAACAGUUCUGUUUCAGUGCCUUCAUAAUCUCAUCAGCAUUCUCCCUAUAAACUGUUUCUUCAAAAAUCUAAAAUUAGGAAAUGAGGAUUACCUAAUUGAUUAUUUAGCAUCAACUUUGGAGAAGGAACUGUUUACCCUUGAUUCUCUUUCUUCUGCCUCAGUCAAGGUUGAAAGCAGUUUCAUGCAGACAUGUGAAGCAAGCAAAGGAAAGAGUAGUGGUGAUGUGGCUGAUUUAUCAGACAGACAGGAAAAAAUCCGUCUGUACAGAAAAGAACUUGAAAGAGAAAAGAAGAAAACAUUGGGAAUGAACCUAAAAGAGAGUGGUGCCCUUUACAGAGAAAUGACUUUGAAAUUAGCUGAGGUUCAGUUGAAAUCUGACCUUGCUGCACAGAAACUGACCAGUUUAUAA